AUGGCGACAUCUAGCAAGUUUGAUCUGUCUUCUGGGAGCCCAGAUAGGCCGCUGUACACCAGCGGGCAGCGUGGAGCCCACUUAGCUGCUCAAUUAGACAGAUCAGGUAGCUUUCGUGAGACCAUGGAGAAUCCAAUUCUAUCUUCUCUGCCAGGUAUGUCGAGGAGUUUAUUAGCCCAAGGAGAUGUAUCCAACUUCUUCCAAUGCUUGCGUUUUGAUCCCAAGGUGGUCGCUGCUGAUCAUAAGUCUAAUCGUCAAGGAGACUUUAAACGGCACAUUAAUGUUGCUCUUGGCAUUUCUGCUGAUGAAUCUCCUACUGUUUUAUCAAAAGGCAAGCUGCUGCCUUCUCCCAUACCAGAGGAAAUCAAACGAGUUAAGGCUGGUCUACGUGAUUGCGCUGUCAAAGCCAGGGAGCGUAUGAAAACUUUCAAUGAAGCCUUAUCAGUAUUCAACAAGUUUUUCCCAAGCAUACCAUCUAAGAAGAGAUCUCGAUCAGAAAGCUUUUCUGGUGACCGACCUAAUGCCUUGUUAUCUAGUGAUCGGUCAGUCUUGGGGCCAACCAUUGGGAAGAUGGGAAUGCAUAAUCAUUCCAUCGCUGGAGCUUUUGAAUUUGAACAGCAAAAGGCAGAAGAAAGGCCUAAGAGUGCUGUUCCAAAUAAACGUACUCGAACUUCUCUGGUGGAUGUGAGGAUGGAUAUGCGGAAUAAUGCUCUAGUCAGGCAGCCUGGUAAUGCAGAUAGGGACAGGGAAAUGCUCAGGGUUUCAAAUAGUGGUGCAGUUCAGGGUGAAGAUCGAACUUUAUCAGGUGGUGUUGAUGGAUGGGAAAAGGCAAAGAUGAAGAAAAAGCGUUCUGGGAUAAAACCUGAUGUAUCUCCAAGUAUGGUAUCAACUAAACCGAUUGAAGGGUAUCGGGAAUCUAAACAGGGAAUGCAGCAAAGGCCUGUUACUGAUGCUCGAUCAAGAUUAAAUAAUGACUCCCAUGGGUUCAGGUCAGGGAUUGCUAAUGGAUCUGCUGGAGUUGGAAAAUCAGAUGGCAUCUCACAGCCGACAGGCUUGGGUCCACGAUCAUCUGUACCUAGGUCUGAUCUGGACAGCAGUCCCCUUCUCAAUGAUAGAAGAGAUCGUCCUGUUGCUUCUGAUAAAGAGAGAGUGAAUCUCAGAACUGUUAACAAGAUGAGUGUUCGUGACGAAUUUAAUUCAGCUAGUCCUACAUCAAGCACAAAAAUGAAUGCAUCUAUUCGCGGCCCACGAUCAGGUUCUGGAGGUGCUCCAAAAUUGUCACCAGUUGUUCAUAGAGCAACUGCAUCAAAUGACUGGGAGCUUUCUCACUGUACAAAUAAACCACCUACUGCUGGUGGAGCCAAUAAUCGCAAACGCACCACAUCUGCUCGGUCUUCAUCACCACCUGUUGCCCACUGGGCUGGCCAGAGACCACAGAAGAGCUCCCGUACUGCAAGACGAACAAAUCUUGUUCCUAUUGUUUCAAGUAAUGAUGAAACUCCAUCUCUGGAUACUGUGUCUGAUAUGGCAGGUAAUGAAAUUGGGUCAGGAUUUGCUAGACGCUUAUCAAGCAGCUCUCCCCAACAAGUUAAACUAAAAGGUGAUGCCUUAUCUACGGCUGCUCUUUCUGAGAGUGAGGAGUCUGCGGCUGCUGAAAUUAAAUCUAAAGAGAAGGUGAAAAAGUCUGAUGAAUUAGAUGAGAAAGCUGGACAGAAUGUUCAAAAAGUAUGUGCUUUGGUCCUGCCAUCAAGAAAGACUAAGCUGAUGACUGGAGAAGACAUUGGAGAUGGUGUACGUCGACAAGGGAGGACUGGGCGGGGUGUUACUUCUACAAGGUCUGUUAUGCCAAUGACAGUUGAGAAGUUUGGCAAUGUGGGAACAGCAAAACAGCUCAGAAGUGCCAGGCUUGGUUUGGAUAAGGCCGAAAGCAAGGCUGGUCGUCCCCCAACUAGGAAGCUCACCGACCGCAAGGCCUAUGCACGACAGAAGCAUGCAGCAAUCAAUGCGGCUGCAGAUCUUCUUGUUAGUUCAGAGGAUGGACAUGAAGAGUUGGUGGCUGCUGUAAAUGCUCUUAUCAGUUUUGCUCAUGCCUUUCCCAACUCCUUUUGGAGGCAGAUGGAGCCAUUUCUUGGUUUCAUAUCUGAUGCAGAUAUUGCCUAUUUGAAGCAGCAGGGAAAUUGUGAACUUACCAAAUUGGGAUCAACACCAGUUCCUUCUAUUUUAGAUGGUUGCAGUAUCGUCUCCAACGGAUGUGAGUUGCUUGAACAGGGAAGAGAUGGUGGAAUUGACGCGGUAACAUCAACUGUUGAACUCCUUUCACAACAGUUGGUCCUGGAGACAAGGGACAAUAAUGUGAUUCCCCUCUGUCAGAGAUUUAUAGCAGCUCUAAUUCCAGAAGAAGAUAGUGACAGUGGAAAUGAAGACCUCCCAUUUGACAUAUAUGGAACUGGAUUUGAGAUGGAUGGAGAAUUGGGAUCCAAUGGUUUGAGUCAUAUUAUUAACUUCCAAUCUACCGGGCAUGCUUCUGUCAAUAGUUAUAGGAUAACUGGGAAGCCAGAGAAUGAUGAUCCGGAAAUUGAUAUGUUGGGAAACACAGGAAUUAACUCAAGUUUUAGCCAUUCCCUGAAUGGCACUUUUUCAGACCCGCUGAUGCCUAGCAUCGUCUGUUCAGAAUUCCAGUAUGAGAAUAUGAAGAAAAAUGAGAAACUCUUUUUGGAGGCUCAAAGUGUUGGAAUUUUCUUGGAACCACUGCCUGACAUAGCACAGAUGGGGGAUGAUGAAAUCCGUGAGGACAUUAGUAAGCUGGAGGAGAUGCGCAAUGAACAGGUUUCAAAGAAGAAAGGCUUGCUUGAUAAACUGUUGAAAGCUGCCUCAGAAACAAGGGAGAUUCAGGAGAAGGAAUUUGAACAACGUGCUCUUGACAAACUUAUCACGAUGGCUUAUGAAAAGUACAUGACUUGUUGGGGUCCUAAUGCUACUGGUGGGAAGAGUUCCAGUAACAAAAUGAUCAAGCAAGCUGCCUUAGCAUUUGUUAAACGGACAUUAGAUCGAUAUCAUAAAUUUGAAGAUACAGGCAAUAGCUGCUUUGAUGAGCCCAUGCUCAGAGACAUGUUUCUUUCUGGGUCUUCCCGCCUAAAUGGUGCACGAUCAGUAGAUGCUCCUACAGAUGGUGAAUCUGGGAAGCCAUGUGGCAACAGCUCCGCACGUUCUCUGGAAGCUAGAACUUCAGGUCAAAAUGGAGAUAGCUAUGCUGUUAAUUCUUCUGAUCUGCUUCCACCCUCAAAUCGGUUAUCUGAUCAAACUACUGUUAAAGAUGACUCAUGGUCUAACAGGGUGAAAAAGAGAGAGUUAUUACUGGAGGACGUAGUUGGUAGUACUAUUGGUACUUCUAGUGCACAGUCAGGCAUUGGAAGUUCCUUGUCAAGCAGUACAAAGGGAAAGAGGAGUGAGAGAGACAGAGAAGGAAAGGGACAUGGUAGAGAGGUUUUAUCUAGAAAUGGAACUAAUAAGAUUGGUCGGCCAGUUUCCAAUGUUAAGGGGGAAAGGAAAUCAAAAACAAAGCCUAAGCAGAAAACAACUCAACUAUCUGUUUCUGUAAAUGGCCUUCUUGGCAAGAUGUCAGAGCAACCCAAACCAUCAACUUCUGUAUCAAAAUCAAGUGAGGUAACCGCUAAUAAUACUGCCAAAGAAAAAGAUGAGUUUAGCCUGGAUGUAUUGGAUGACUUGCAGCUACCAGGACAAGAUCUGGGUUCAUGGUUGAAUAUUGAUGAUGAUGGAUUACAAGAUCAUGACUUCAUGGGCCUAGAAAUUCCAAUGGAUGAUCUUUCCGACUUGAAUAUGAUGGUUUGAGUUGCUUUCUUUGUAUAGUCUUGUUCAUUAUACUGUUGACAAACAAAAACAUAAUCACUGUCAUCAAGAAAUGACCGUUGCAUGGAUAGUUGUUUGGCUGUCCGGUCCCACAAUUAAGUUAUAUAGAUUCUUUGUAGACUCCCCCACAAGUUGAUUUUCGAGUGAACCUUUUCAACGUCUUGAAUUUUUCUCUUAAGUCGGUGACUUCCACUGUAAAGAUCUUUUGUUCCUACAAGUUAGUAUGUCUAGCAAUUAUAUCUUAGCAAACCCUGUAUCCUGGCUGUAGCUUUUACAAAUCAGAGAGCAAUGCUCAUCUUGUAAAUACAUUUAUAUUCCCAAUAAAAUUAGUUUUUUUGUUCAGAGUAA